AUGAGCAAGAACCUCCCAUAUCAACUCCGGGUCGUACGACGGCAGCCGAGCAAGCGAGCACCCCUCCAUCUCCUCCUCCCCUAUCUCCGGCCCCACCACCGCCGAGCACCACGACUCCGGCGAGCCGCCCGCCCAAAACCCGUCCUCCGACCCAUUCCCCACAUCCGACGGGGGCAAAUCCGUCUUUUCCGCCACAUCUCCACUCUUUUCCUCGGCCCGCCGGGCCCGUCUCUCCCUCCUCACCCUUUGGCAAAUGGCCCGUAUCUUGGCAUCCACCGCGCUCCUCAGUGCCUCGACCCGGGCCUCGUCUCCGAGCCCCAACCGGGCCGGCUCACGCAGGUUCGGAAAGUUGAGCCGCGCGUACUCCCCCCGGAGCUUGUAAGCGGCUCGAUCGUACGCGUAGGCUGCAGCCUCGGCCGAGUCGUAGGUCCCGAGCCAGACUCUCAUCCGAUUCUGGGGAAGUCUGAUCUCAGCAACCCACUUGCCCCAGUGGCGCUGGCGGACCCCACGGUAGAGCUUCCGCUUGUUCGGGCUGAAAUGGGCUGGCCCGAAAAGGCCCGGAUGCUGGGCUGGUCUGCAGAUGAGUUUGUUUUGGUUUGA